AUGGGAGGUUUUGUAAAUUCUGUUUGGGUGUGGGACUAUGAUGGUUUGGGGGAUAAUCUCAGUGGCGACAUGUUGGAGCAAUUCGAAGAGCUUGAGAAUAUUCUAAGAUUUGUUGUUCUUAAUUCAGAUUUACAGGACGAAUUUGUUUGGUUCCCUCAAGGGGAAAUGUCGUAUUCCGUCUCUGGGGGCUACUCGUUGAUCAGACGUAAUGCGCCUCAACAGUCGCUUAAUCCGGUGGAACUGCUAGCCGUAAAUCAGAUUUGGAAAACUCAGGUGCCGUCGAAGAUCCAGGUUUUUGGGUGGAGGUGCAUUAAGGAUAGAAUAGCUACAAGGGAGCAACUUCUAAAAAGGGGGAUUUUAUCGGGUAGUGAUGCGAAUGUGUGUGUUUUCUGCAGCUGUGUUGGAGAAUCAAUCCUGCAUCUUCUUAUUUUUUGCCCGUUUGCCGCAGAGGUAUGGAACCAGGUAUGUGUUUGGGCUGACAUUGAUUUUUUCCAAGAAACUUCCAUUUCUGCUCAAUUGUUAGCUUGCUCAAAUUCUGUUAGAGGCAACAUUCCGGUUAAGAAGAGGUUGUUACUGUGGUUGGUUUAUGCGUGGUCAAUUUGGUGCAAGCGGAAUGCGGUUAUUUUUAAGAACGAAGCAGCAGUGGCGGUGGAGGUGUUUGAACAAAUUCGUCUUUCCUCUUGGCAAUGGCAUAUAAUAGGGGUUAAUGUUAAGGGCCUUUCGAAUUAUUAUUUGUGGUGUCAAAAUCCGUUGGAGUCGAUGCUAUUGUAA